AUGAAUUGGGAUGGAGAGGACUCGGAGGAUGAAAACGCCAUCCUGAGGACUCUUCUCAAGUACAUCGCGGCCUGCGCAGGGGAUUCUGCAUUGGCUUGGCCAGAGACGUAUCCGUUGCGCCGGAUUUUGGAGGGAUUUUCUCAUAUCGAAAGCCAUGUUGACCUGGCCGAAGUGGCCAUCAAGUGUUGGAAAUAUUUUUUGAACAUGUCGAAGCCCCCUGGGGACGAAGAUGCCGACACUUCUUGUGUCAUCUCAUCCUUCAGCCUCCCGCGGACCUUCCGAAGCGCCGCGGGUCGACAGGACACAACGACAAAACCUGCUUUAAGUGCAUAUGAGCGUCUGGGAAUUGACAGACAUAGGACGCGACUACAAUAUUUUCACAAGGAGGGCCUGAAGCGCGACAAGAUACCAGCAAGGGCGAAAUCUGCAUUCAAGAGCCAAAAGUACCUGACUUGUGCGUACGAGGCGACCGGGCUGAAGCCCUGUCUGAAGCUAUAUUUGGAUGAACUUGUGAGAGAAGCUGUGUAUACAGCCAAGCGAACGGAAGAUUUGGGCUCGGUAGUUCUCCGGUUGUCCCGCCUUGAAUAUAUGCUCAUGCAAUGGGGUGACGAGGAGAAUUCGCAAUAUGCGCGCCGCAACCUUGUUAUAUUCGGUGGAGCCAAAUAUGACAACACAUGA